AUGGGAUCAGGCGAAGUAGGCAAGAAGCCGAAGGGUAACAACCCCAAAACCAGUUCCAGCAAGGCAACGAAGGACAAAGUCGGCAAAGUCAAUUCCAGCAAGACGCCUGAAACGCCUGCACAAAAGAAGAAAAAAAUCGCAGAGGAUAUUCGAAAGCAUAAACUCGUUCUAGAGGGCUCGCGUAGUCAACGUGAAGGAUGUAAGCCAAGACUGGAGGAGAUUACCAAGUCCUAUGGGAACGGCGCACACCCCGAAUUUAAGGACGAAUAUGACAGGUGCAACAAAGAAUUUGACGAGAUGACGAGUGUAUUAGCAAAGUACGAGGCGGACCUAAAUGAGUUAAUGGAGGAGCAGAGGGCGGUGGUCGCCAUGGACGGGGUGGAGGAGUCGACCAACCCUUUGAAUGAACCCAAUCCCUACGACGUCAUUGGCCCUGCCCCUCCAAUAAAUGUAAUUGGGAAUGGACGCCCUGCCAACCCGGUUGAUACGGCCCCAAUAAAUGUAAUUGGGAAUGGAAGCCCUGCCAACCCGGCUGACGAAGACGAUGAUGAUGCGGGUCUGAUCACGCCUGAAAAGAACAGAGAAGUGUCCGGCCGUGGUGAUGCCGGAGUAGUUGUUGGGUGGCGGAAAAGAGGACAAUCAACGCAGGUCAUCAUCCGGCAUGGGCCUAAAAAUUCCCCAAGGUACGAACGAAGUACAAAGUUCAGAUCGGGCCUCUCUUUCUCUCUAAAGACGACGCCGCAAAUUGGCCCUGACCAUAGGCACGGAGACGAGAAGAAUGGAAGGAUUCACGUACGCCAAAUGGAUGACUUCAAGGGAAUGUUAGGCGUGUCUUACAACUGCCCACUUGAAGAUCUGAGACCAAGGCCGGUGACAGGUCUUAAAAACUACCCAAAAUCUGUGGAGAUCUGGGUCAAAUGGUGCAUUGAUGGCAUGAUUUAUAGAGAGUGGGAAGUCGUAUCGUCGAUCAAGCACCUCUGGGCCAACCCAACAGAAUUUGAGGAGUACGUCUAUAACACCGCAUCUGAUCAUAAUGAGAAACACCAGGCAUGGUUAAGCGGCCAGCGAGAAGGGAAAGAGACCUCUCCAACACCGGCUCCCCAGACUGCAUAUAGGAGAAAGGAAGUCAAAAUCGAAGUACCCUCCGAGUUUGAGAAAUUUAGGCAGGAAUGGGCUGAAAUGCAGAAUCCAAAACUGGAUCCUAACAACCUCAAUCCGAUGCAAGCAUUUGUACUCAAAAAGCUAUACCAGGACUUCUCUGAAGAACUCUAA